AACAACCACCAUUCUUCUUCUCAGUAAACCGAGUUUGAUAUCCGAGUCAUGGAAGAGAAGAAGGACAGAAUCUGCAGAACCAGAACCUACUCGUUCUCUAUCACGCUUCCGAAUUUCAUUUUCCACCCUUUCAACUACCUCAUCCGCCAUGCUCAAAGACAAGAUCAAGCUUCCCGCCUCCGACAAGCCUGGGAAGAUCUUUCCCGACCGCCUCGGAAGCUUGGUGAUGGCAACUGGAUUGGAAGAAAAAGGAAAUGAAAUAGAGAGAUCCGAGUUCGAAGUCGAGUCCGGCGAAGAGCUGGAGGCUAUUAAACCUGGCGCGCUGGGGUUUCACAGAGAGAGCGACGAUGGAGGUGAAACUGUGGAAGAGGAAAAAGAUGAAAAUGAUCAAAGAAUUCGGCAGAAGGUGAACAAAGAUGCUGGUUCAGCUUCGGUUUCGUUGUUGAAAUCUAUUUCGUUGGAUGAGAAGAGAUCGGAUCUAGAAUAUGAGCUUGCUCGGAGGGAGAUUAAUUUGGAAAAGUUGCGAAGAAUUGCUAGCACUGGGAUUCCUGAUGGAGGAGGAUUGCGUGCAACGGCUUGGAAGCUACUCUUGGGCUACUUACCUUCAUCUCAUGACUUAUGGGAGACUCAAUUAAAGGAAAAUAGGCAAAAGUAUGCUUCUAUGAAAGAGGAGCUUCUCCUGAAUCCGUCAGAGCAUAUCUGGAAGGAACCUAAACACUUAAGUUCCACUAAGAUGCACGAGGACAAUAACGCUGACGGCCCCCUUAAGCGACAUGAAAUUUCUGUGGAAGAUCACCCUUUGAGCCUUGAUAAGGAAAGUCUAUGGAAACAGUAUUUUCAGCAUACAGAGAUAGUGGAGCAAAUUGAUCGGGAUUUGCAGCGUACUCAUCCAGACAUGCCUUUCUUUUCAGCAGAGACGUCUUUUAGUCAAAAAAAUAGGGAAGCGAUGAAGAAUAUUCUUCUCCUGUUUGCGAAGUCGAAUCCUGCAAUUUGUUAUGUGCAAGGCAUGAACGAGGUCUUGGCACCUAUAUACUUUGUAUUUAGUACUGAUACCGACAAGCAAAAUGCUGAAAAUGCAGAAGCAGAUAGUUUUUCUUGUUUUGUUCGAAUCUUAGGCGACUCUGUGGAUCAUUUCUGUCAACAAUUGGACAACAGUUCAAGCGGCAUACUUGCUACUCUUUCUCGUUUGUCAGAUAUACUUAAAGUAAAUGAUGAGCAAUUAUGGCAUCAUCUUGAAUUUACAUCAAAGGUUAAAACACAAUUCUAUGCAUUCCGGUGGAUUACACUGUUACUUACCCAGGAGUUCAAGUUUGAAUCUAUCUUGCGAAUAUGGGAUACGAUUCUAAGUAAUACUUUUGGAGUUCAGGAUAUGCUUCUCCGGAUCUGUUGCGCAAUGCUACUUUGCGUGAAAAGCAGACUACUAAAUGGUGAUUUUGUAGCUAAUAUAAAGCUUUUACAGCACUAUCCUGAUGAUAUUAACUUAGAAUACCUUCUCCAGGUAGCUCAGGAUAUUAGUCCCGACACGUCUUCUUAUAUUUUGUCCAUUUGAUUUAUUACAGAGGACAUUUUUCAAAUGAUUUUAUUGAAGCAGUUGAAAUUUCUAAAAGGAACGUUUUAUACCUAGCAUAGCACUCAGCACUUCCAUUGUAUAUAUUUAGAAUGGAGUUCAUGAACAGGAAGCAGUGCUGGAUUCUGUAUUGGCAUGCCACUAGAAAGAAUAAGGUUUUUUAUUGGCAAAAUUAAUGUAACUUUUGUUAAUUGAAA